AUGUUGCAAAGUAACGCUUCGUCUAGCGAAUUGGCUGGCUCAUUAAGCUCCGAUGGUAUACGAAAUUCUACUGUAGGACAAAGUCAUGACCUAAAAAGAAACUAUUCGCUUUGGUCGAUCCUAGGAGCUGGUUUCUCGCUCACGAACUCUUGGUUUGGUGUUUCUAUUGCAAUGGUUACAGGAAUCAACUCUGGCGGGCCGGUCUUGCUAGUUUACGGCAUCAUUAUUGUAAUGCUGGUUAGCAUAUGCGUUGGUGUCAGUCUGAGUGAACUUGCUAGUGCACUCCCCAAUGCAGGCGGGCAGUACUUUUGGGCCGCACAGUUAUCGUCAAGAAAGUACGCUAGGUUCUCUAGUUAUCUUACCGGCUGGUUCUCGUGGGCUGGAGCCAUUUUCUCAUGCACAUCAACCACUGUUGGAGUCGCAAGUGGGCUAGUCGGUUGCUGGCAGCUCUCUCAUCCCCACUACGUCGUCAAGGACUACCAUGUCUUCGCGACUUACCUCAUCCUCACAUGGGUUUGCUUCUUGUUCAAUUGCUACGGAAAGAUUCUGCCUGCAGUUGCAACUACUGGUCUAUAUUGCUCCUUGAUCUCCUUUGUCGUAAUCUUGGCUACUGUACCUGCAACAGCACCCAGCCAUCAGAGUCCCAAAUUUGUAUUCGCGACUUUCAUCAACAACACUGGUUGGUCCAACGCCGGUAUCGCCUUCAUAACUGGACUGAUCAACGCCAACUGGGCAUUUGCCUGUCUCGAUUGUGCGACUCAUCUUGCGGAAGAAGUUCAUCAGCCUGAGCGUAUGAUUCCAAUUGCAAUCAUGGGAACCGUCGCUAUUGGAUUUGUUACGAGCUGGUGCUUCGUUGUAUCCAUGCUGUUCAGCAUCAUCGGUGAUUUCCAGGAUGUCGCCAAUAGUUUGACAGGAGUCCCUAUCCUCCAGCUUUUCUACAACGCUUUGGACAACACCGCUGGAGCCAUUGUUCUCGAAGUCUUGAUCAUCUGCACAGGUUUGGGUUGUGUGAUUGCUGGACAUACCUGGCAAAGUCGCCUCUGUUUCUCGUUCGCUAGAGAUUCUGGAGUACCAGGCCAUAAGUGGCUUCAACAGAUUGAUCCUCGGCUGGACGUUCCGCUCAACGCACACUUCACUAGUUGCGUUAUUGUCACGAUUGUAGGCUGCAUGUACCUAGCAUCUACAGCCGCAUUCAACGCGAUGUCUAGUGCAUGUAUCGUCUUGCUCUACAUCUCCUAUGCCAUCCCCGUCAUCUGUCUUCUGUUCAGAGGCAGAGAAAAAUCACUUACUGGGUCCUUCAACCUGGGAGUGUUCGGACUCAUCUCCAACUACGUUCUACUUGCGUGGACGGUAUUCACAUUAGUCUUAUACUCGUUCCCGUCAUACAUGCCCGCAACUGCAGGAAACAUGAACUAUGUCUGUGUCGUAUACGCAAUCGUAUUGUUCAUCAUCGCAGUCGAUUGGUCUUGCCGAGGCAGGAAGCAUUACAGAGGACAGGAUGAAGGACAAGUCGAUAUCGGACACAACGAUAUUGUGAAAGCAGGCCCGGCAGAACCGUAG